UUAUUAACUUCCGGUUAGCCAUUUGCAAACAAAUACUGUUGUCAAUAAUUUUAAAUAAUCAGAAAUUCUUGUUGUGUUUCCACAGUCGGCAAUUAUGUGGCAGUAUUUCUACGCACAUGUUACCUAUCAUGGUGUCCGUUGGUUCCCACAGGGAAAUCGUUGGAAAAUGUGCAUGUUAUUGAUAACAUUUGCUCUAUUGUUACCUGUACCACAGCUGUAUGUAGUGACCCUGGAGAGAUCCUCUAGAGUCUGUGUACAACCGCUGCUUGAUAUGGCUAUUGCUUCCAUUGUGCUCUCAUUCUUUACAAUAGCAUUUUCUCUGCUAUUCUGCAUUUUAAUCCCUGUACCACGGGAGUUGAAGAUAGGAUUCCAUGUGUUUGGUGUGGCUAGCUUGAUUGUUGGACUGAUGCAGACUGCGUACACAUUUGAGGCCAAGGAAGACUGUUCGGUGUCAACACCAGAGUUAUAUACCCUGUCUCUAGCCAGCUCCAUGUUUUCAGUUGUAUCUCUGGUGUUCCUUGGACUGAUGUUCCCAUUCUGGGUUGUGAACAAAGUAAAGAGGAACCUAGUGAUGGAUCCAUACAGUCGUACAGGAGUCUGCUACGAGCCAACUAAAUGCUGCACGUGUCUCUGGCACAUAUAAAUUACCUACACAACAUAUAAGCCACGCCAUGACAAAACCAACAUAAGUGCGUUUGAGACCAGCAUGGAUCCAGACCAGCCUGCGCAGUCUGAUCAGGAUCCAUGCUGUUUGCUAUCAGUUUCUCUACUUGUAAUAGGGUUGGUAAGCAAACAUCAUGGAUUCUGAUCAGAUUGAAAGUGGAUGCACAGGCUGGUUUGUAUCCAUGCUGGUCGCAAACCCAUUAUGUUGGUUUUGUUGUGAUGCGGCUCAUAUCAUUGUCGAUCUUGAAGGUUUGCCAACUGUGACUGAAAUCAAAACUUAACAUAUCUUUGUCUAGUGACUCAUCAAAAAGAAAAAAUUAUUUUUUAAAUUCUUUUGUCAUAAAGAUUCUAUUUUUGGUUCUUUUACUACAGUUAAACUUAAAUUGCUUGAACUACAAUCGCUCAAAUUUUGUAGAUUAUUUGUUAUAUUGAGCGUAAAAUUGUGUACGAUCUGAUCUUUUAUGAUAAUACUUCAUCUUUGGUUGCCUUGAAUGACCAAUCUCUCAAACAAAUUUGCACAGGACUUCGGUACUCAAGGAAACUAAGGUUCACUGUACUUUUUACAUACUUUGAUAAAAAUAUACAAUCAGCAAAUAACCAAAAUAAUACUUUUUACUUUUGUCAAAAUAUUUAUACUAAUAUUUAUAAUAACAUAACAUUUUAUUGUUUAUUAGUAUGUGUAAGUGUAUUCUUUCAUUUUGCAUAUGCCAUUACAUAAAGUCACAUGCUGAUUUGACAUUUAGGUCACACUAUGAGAUCUUUUAUUAUUUACUUGUUUUUCUAUUAGAACUUGUUUCAAGAUUUUAUUUUUCCUGUAUGUCAAAGUUGAUAUUUUAUUUCAGAACAAUUUAUAUUUAUAAAAUAUAACUAACAAUGCUCAAAUUUCUUUACAUGGAUUGAAUCUUGGAGCCAAGAAAAAGGAAUUUAUGUUCCCAUUGAUUAUUUGUUUAUAUUACGCAAGUUAUUACUUAUUUUUACACCAUUUUUUGUUAUAUUUAAACCAUAUCAUAAAGUUUUCCUUUUUCAUACCAGCAAGGGUUAUUAUCAAUUUAGGUUAUUGUUGAAUGAAGUCUUGCUGUCUAAUAAUGUAUUGAAUAGUAUAUCAGUGAGAUUUCUCAAAUCAUUCAUUAUAUAUUUUACACUCAUUGUAUAGCACUUUUUUCCCCAAAUUUAUUACAUUAAUACCAUAAGUCUUCCUAUAUUACUUUGAAUCAAUAUUUGAUUUAUAGCCUGAAUGAUAUAAAGAAACUUUGAUGAUAAUGGUAUUGGUGAAAUUCAUGUUUUUAGUAUCUUGAUAUAAAUCAAAGCAAAGUACUUUUAAGUGUAUAAAGCUAUAUUUUUGCUGUCUAUGAAUUUAAAAUUAUUGUUUAUUUUGUGAUAAAAUGAUAAGAAAAUACUUAAUUACUGAAAUUAUUGAAAGUGAGUGGUACAUUUAUGUGUGCAAUCAUUGCAAAUAUUUCAGAAAUAGCUGUGAAAUAUUUUGUUCUGGAACAUUUUAUUCUGUUUAUGAAAAUAUUUAUGUUAAGUAAUCUAUAUACACAUGUUACAAAUCUUUCAAGAAACUACUCCGGUAACUUAGGAUAUGAAAACAACAUAAUUUUCUUAUUUUCAAAUUUUUUUGUAGAAUUUUUCAUCAGGUAUAGCUUUAUACACAGUAAAGAUUUUAAAUUUCAGUUACAACUGGUGUCAUUGCUUAACCUACCGAAAUAAAAAAAGGUUUUUUUUUGUUGCUAUGGAACAUAUAAAAAAUGCCUGCAUUUAUUUUGAUUAAAUUUUCUUGCCAAAUAUCACACCACAGAUAUUUUUGUUUAUUAUAUACUUAUAAAUAAAAUAUUGUACAACUCUAUUGAGAAAUAUGAAUGAAAUAAAAUACAUACUAGUAUUUUCAUUUUCCAUAUUUUCACAAUAUUUUAACUGCAGAGAAAUAUUUUCCAUAUUUUCAUUCAUAUUUUGUUAGACUACUUUCUUCUUAAUGCAGCCAAUACACAAAAUGAAAGGUGAAAUCUUCCAAAUUGUAAGGUCAGAAAAAAGAAAAGGCAUAUUAUAAACAGAAAAGUUUUUUUUUCUAUAAAUGCAGAAUUUAUUUUCAUCAUGUGAUAUGAAAAUUAUCAUAUUUCAUAUCAGUUGUUGAAAGUAAACUUGUAUUUAUAGAAAAAACUUGAAUACCCUCAUUACAUAUAUUAGGAUUGUUACUAGAACAAAAGUAAAUUGACAGAAAAAACAUGAUUUUAAUUUUGUUACUUGUAUAUUACAGUAUUUUGCUACUACACAUGAUAUACUUAAAAAUGAUUAAAUAUUUCUCAGAAAAAUAGUUAACCAUAUGCAUUUUCAUAAGCAUAAGAUUUAUACUUUUUUCUUUCCAUAGUUGUAAAUGAAUUCUUUAGCUUUGGAGUUUCUAUGUUUCUUUAUUAACAAAUUUUAUAACUUUCUAUGCAACUUCUUUUGCAAGAAAAUUAUAAAGACUAUGAUGGAAUUAGGGAUGGAUUACUUGUGUGAAAGUAUAAUAGGUCAUUGUCUAAGGCCUAUGACAUUAACAUGGGUUUCAACAGAGUUAUGACCCUUUUUGGAACAUAGAAAAUUUUACAUUAUCCAGGCUCUUGAUUUACUAUCAAGCACUGAGAUUAGUGGAGCACGUUGAGCUUCCAUCAGCUCUUGUUUAUUUUUACCAUAGAUAAACCAAUAAAAAAAUUUAAAAAAACUUAUAUAGUAAACUCUAUAGAUAUGUUAUUGAAUUAAUUAAAAUAUAAACUUUAGUUUCAUUGUUGUAUAGGAAGACUAACAUUUUUAUUUAUACAGGGUCUUUCAAAUAGAAUGGUUAAUUUGGUGCAUUUUCAAAAUGGCACCGUUUAUCGGCAAAUAUUCUGAACAAGCAAUCUAUGUUUUUCAACAAAUAUAGGUUUAAAAAAACAUUAUUUUCUGAAAUAUUUAUCCCAAAACAUGUUUAAUUGUAGCAAGAAGGGUUUACAUAGUCUGUUUCAAGAUCAUUCUAUUUGAAACACCCUGAUUUACAUGUAUAUAAGAAAGAAUCUGUGAUUAUCUUUAAAAAGAAAAAAGCUAUUAUGGUUAUGACCUCAUGUAAUUUAUAUGCAAUUUAAUAAUUAUAUACUUGUGUGAUUUUAUUAAAUCCGUCCAAAAAUGCAUUUAUUACUUAAUCUGUGUUUUUGAUAUUUAUUAUUUUUUGUUUUUGCUUGUCUUAUGAUUGUACUUGUCCUGGUUAAUAACUUAAUAUACAGAAAUGUGUGUGGUUUUAUGUAGACUAAAACAUCAUAAUUAUCUUAUUCAAAGUUCAAACACCAACAUGUAAAGGAAGCCUUUUUCAAAAGUGUUAAGGGUAACUAUUCAAAAAAUAUUUUAGGGUACUAAGUACACUGAAAGGAAAACAUAAAAAAAACGUUGAAAUGUCUUUCACAGCCAGUGAACCAUUUGUCAACAUGCUAAUAUGUUUAGAAAAAAUACGGUUAGCUAUAUUUAUUUAUGAUUAAAAUAAAGCUUAUCAUGUUUAGAUAAUUAAAACAAUAUUUAUUUUUUUUGAUAAGGAACUAAUUGUUAUGUUUAUCUAAGGUACCGUUUGCCAACAGACUAAUAUGCUUUACCAAAAGACUUUGUGAUCGUUUUUUUUACCUUUUUGUCAAAUUUACAUGCUGCAACUUUUAUGAUUUAAUUAAUUCCAAAAGUCUUAUUAUACUUUAACCUUUUUGUCUUGUAUAAAUCCUUAUGUUACAAAUUCUAUUAUUUAAUUAAUUCCAGAAAGUUUUAUAAAUUAUUUCAGUUUUUGUUAAUAACAGUUUUAUUUGUAGUAUUUUAUAGCAUUUGUUUUACUGUUAAACAUUGUAAUAUAGUUUUGUUAUGUUUGGACCAGCUGGCCUGGCCGUCACGUUCUAACAUUUGCCUAAGAUAAAAUUCCUUGUAGAUUUCUGAAUAAAAUAUUCUUUUAUAAACUUGA